AUGUUACGCAACGAUAUGAUAACGAGAAGUGACGAGUCGUUCAGUCGAUCGCAAAACGCGUCCAAAACUCGACACAAAUCCAGACAUCGGUUCCCGAAGAAUGCCGUCUUCGCCGCCGUCCAGAGAUACCUCCUGUUCCUCUCCACACAAGUGUCGCCACCUUUUGGCCGAAAACUCAAACCUUUCGUCUCUUUUCAGGACUCGUCGCGCGCUCUGCGGCCUCUCAUUGAGCCGAUAAGUCCGCCGCCGCCUCCCGUCUCGGGCGCCGUGUCGUACGCGCCCUCCCAUGGGGGCCACCCGUGCGCGCGUGCGCUGCAAAGCGUGACUCAUAAUUACGACCACUAUUUGCAGAGUUUGCCGCAAAAGCAGAAGGAAUACCACGCGCUCGUCGUCGAGGCCACAGAGUCCGCGAACUAUCCCUUCCAGCGGUUGGCGGCGCCACUGCUGCUCGCGAAACAGCAGCAGAUGCUCAUCGAGAGGGGACUCGAGAGGGGAGUGACGUAUUGGCCGCCGGAAGGGAGUCGUGAGCAGCAGAGGGCGCUCCAGACUCGCACCGUUCAGAGUCUCAGUCCGUACGCUUUGGGAGGACAAGAGCGCCAACUCGUCAACACUCACCGGAUGGCGACUCAACGUCCGCCUCAGCGCCAGUUCGUCGAUCCCAACGCUCAGCGACGACUUCAGCCUUUGGCUCCACUUCCGAGACCACAACUGACGACGACUUCCGGCGGAAGACAACAGCUCUUCGUUCCGACUUCCGGUCCGCCGCUCGUCUCGCGACCGCUUCUCAUGCCCUCAACCGUCCAAACCGUCCGUCACGUGACUCAACGCCCGCCCCAGCGUCCGCUCAUGACGUCACCGCACUCGCUGCACAUGACUUCACCUCCGCAGCCCCGCCCUCAACCCCUCCGCCAAUCACAGCACGCGGCGACUCUGACUCCGCCUUUCAGCCACUCGUCGGACAUUCGUCUGAAUCGCGCGCUUUCGGUGACGACAACAAUGACUUCGCUGACGGCGCAGAGCGCGCAACGCUUCUCCUCGCUCUCGCACUCCAAUCACGUGGCCGUCAGUCACGUGACGGUGGCCAACGCCACGCCCCGCCAGUCGGUGGUCCGCAUCGCGCCGUUCGUGACGUCAUUGCCUCAACCAAUGAGAGCGUCUGUUUUGCGGUCGCCGACGGAAUCGCGCGCCUCUUCUCAAGCCGUAAUUCAAAGCCUUGUUUUGGACCCAAAAAAAAAGUGGUCACAAAUGGAAAGAAGCGCCGAAUCGACGCAAUCCUCGCUUUUGUCGCGUGUUUUGCAGCAAAAGACCACUCAAUACAAGAAUAUCCAGAGAAAAGACACGAAUAUUCCCGAAAUGGCGGUCUUUCCCGGCAUUCCCGCGACUGCGCGCCAAAUGCUGGAUUCGCAGCGAAGGAGAGCGUGUUUACCGCCGCAAAACGCCAUCAUUUCGCCUGUUCUGACAGCAAUGGCGCCACUGGCCGUCGCCCCGCCCCCUAUGCGGCGAUUGGCGCGUCCUUUGGCCGCAGAGCUCUCAUUGGUGGAGAAGGCGGUGAACGCAACGAAGCGCCGAUUGGACGACGCGUUUGACGUCAACAACAAUCGAGUGAUGAACGAGUGGUCGCGCGACAGACGGCCGACGCCUGCGAUGACGUCAUUCGUGACGGAAAUGCCGUUAAAUCUGAAGAAAGUUUGGGAACCGGAAGACGACGACUGCGUUGUCAUUGAGUCACGUGACUGCGAAUCUCAGGACUCUUCGCAUUCCGAGAGAAGUCUUCGCAUUGUUUGCGAGGAAAACGAGAAAAUGGAGGAAAAGGAGGAAAAAGAGGCGAAAGAGAGGGAAGUGGAGGACAGGGAGGAAAGAGUGGACAGGGAGGGGAAGGAGGCCGUGGAGGGGAAGGACAGGGAGGAUAAUGUGAUAAUCAGUGAGAAUAAGGAAAAGGAAGAGAAUGCGGAGAAUAAGGAGACGAAAAGCGAAGAGACUGUAAGUGAAGGAAAGGAAAGCUUUUUACAAGACUUUGGUUUCGCUUUUCAGCCGAAAAUCGAUUCGGAAUUCGAGGAAUUCGUGAAAGACUUUGUCUCGCAUUUGGUGUCCAAAAAGCGGAGCGAAAAACGGGAAAAGCGGAGUUCGGAGGAGGCGUCGGGAGGGGGCGAGUGGAGGGGGCGGGUGGACAGGGAGAUCGUGAAUCACGCGCGCAUCGAAGUGCGCGAAUACGUGUCGGCGCUGAACCUGAUUGGCGCGCGAGAAUUGGCGCGAAAACCGAUCGCGUAUUUGAACGCAAAAUACCCGCGAAAUGAGAUCUCGCGCGCAGUCUAUGCGGGGAUUCGGACGAAACGCGCGGUUAUGGACUUUCCCACGGAAUGGCGCGCAGACGCAGUGGACGGCGAGUCGGCGGCCAAGAGGCGGCGUUUGUUGCCGCGGGCGCCGAAACGCGAGCCGGAUGUGGAGGAGUCGUCGGACCGGAAGUGGCAAACGGUGUUGCAGUCGUUGGACGUGUCGUCUCCGCUCUCGCGACGCAUUGUCGCCGUUUUGCCUCAUUUUCAGUUCAAAUCUUAG